AUGGCACCCCAACCACAUAUCAAGCUGUACACAGACUCAACCCCCAAUGGAAUUAAGAUCACCACGGCACUAGAAGAGCUCGGACUGCAUUAUGAACUAGAGCAUGUUGACAUCAGUACUCUUCGCCAAAAAGAACCGUGGUAUCUGGAAAUUAAUCCCAAUGGCCGCAUUCCUGCCAUUGUAGACACAUUCGACGAUGGCCAGUCAAUUAGAGUAUUUGAAGGUGGAAGCAUCUUGCAAUAUCUGACUGAUCGCUAUGAUCCCGAGCAUAAACUCUCAUUUCCCAAAGGCAGCAGAGAGUACUAUGAAUGUAACAACUGGCUAUUUUUCCAGCAUGGAGGCAUUGGUCCCAUGCAAGGCCAGGCAUCUCAUUUUCUCCGCUAUGCUCCUACCAAGAUUCAGUAUGGAAUUGACCGAUAUGUCACUGAAACAAAGCGGCUCUAUAAUGUCCUUGAUGUUCAACUUUCGAAAUCCAAGUCUGGAUUUUUAGUCGGAGACCACAUCUCGAUUGCAGACAUUGCGGCCUUGUCUUGGGUAAUCUUUGGUCCCUAUGUGGACGUUCCACUGGACCUUUUCCCAAAUCUGCAGAAGUGGGAAGCGAUGUUGAGUGCAAGAUCUGCUAUCACUAAAGGGUUCCACAUUCCUAAGGUGUUGGGCAUUAAGAGCGAUGACCCAGAAGGCGCCGCAAAGUACCAGAAGCAUCAUGCGGAUUGGGUAUUUAAGGGGAUGCAGGCUGACCAGGAGAACUUCUGCAAAAAGUGA